UUUUUUUCCUUCUUCUGUGUUUGAUUAUCAGAUCAGGGUUUACCUGCUUCGCCUGCUUCCUCGUAAGGUGAAACACCUUCUGGAGCGUAUCGUUGACAAUCUGGGAUAAAACAGCGAACGUGUGGAUUCAACUUGGGAAGCAAUCUCCCAAGGGCAGUGAUCGAAAAGGGGGAGCUUGCGUCUGUGUGGUGUGCUCAAGAGGUGUUUAUCAGUCCUUACCAGUGAGCCGCUCGCCGCAAUCAUUUGUGGAGCCGCUCGUGGGAUCUACGUCGGUGUGUGUUGCAUUAUCAGUGCUGGUGCAAACAACCGGAAUGGUUCUCAUUGAACGACUGGGUAUUGUGACAAUGGCAAGGUGACACCUGUGGAUUCUAUUGAGCGGAGUAUGACAUCAGCGGGAGGACAGAGUGAUAGGGCAACGUCCCCAGAUGGGGGCCGGGCAGGGGCAGCCACGUCCCGGCCUGGCUCUGGACGUCUCCUUGCUGUACAGGUUCACAUGCUCGACGAGACGGUGUCCACCUUCCACGUUCAGUACAAAGCCACAGGAAGGGUGCUGUUUGAUCAAGUGUGCAGGGUUAUAAACCUUCUAGAAGUGGACUAUUUUGGUUUGGAAUACACAGAUUCCAGCGGAACAAAGUACUGGCUAGACUAUGACAAACCCCUGUGCCGCCAAAUGGGACUUUCUAUGGUAUCGCCUGUCAUGUGCUUUGCAGUUAAAUUCUACACUCCUGAUCCAGCCCAGCUAGAAGAGGAGUUCACCAGGUAUCUGUUUAGCCUACAAAUCAAGAAGGACCUUUCGCUUGGCAUUCUGCAGUGCAGUGAUUCCACAGCGGCAUUGUUGGCUUCAUAUAUUGUGCAAGCAUCAUGUGGUGACUUUGUUACUGAGGACUACCCUGACCACAGCUAUCUAUCAUCUUACAAGUUUGUCCCUCAUCAGGAUGCUGAGCUUGAAAUCAAAAUAAUGGAGAACCAUAAAAAGCACGUAUCUCAGUCACCGGCAGAGGCAGACCUUAAUUUGUUAGAAACUGCAAGACGAUGUGAGCUGUAUGGAAUUAGGAUGACACCUGCUAAAGACAAUGAAGGACUUGCUCUGAACCUGUCUGUGGCACACAUGGGUAUCAUAGUCUUCCAGAAUUACACCAAGAUCAACACCUUCUCGUGGUCAAAAAUUCGUAAACUGAGCUUCAAGAGGAAAAAAUUUCUGAUCAAACUACACCCCGAGGGCUAUGGCUAUUACAAAGAGAUGGUUGACUACUUCUUUGAAAGUCGCAAUGAGUGCAAGAACUUCUGGAAAAAGUGCAUUGAGAAUCACUCUUUCUUCCGCUGCACCGAGGUGAAGAAAAUUCCCAGACAAAAGACGCGUCUGUUUAGUCGAGGUUCAUCGUUUAGGUAUAGUGGUAGGACACAGAAGCAAAUUGUUGAAUACGUUAGAGAAAACUAUGUGAAGAGGCAGCCAUUUCAAAGAUCGACCAGCCUACGUCUGCCAUCUCGUAGUAAUGUAGAGACCCCAGCUGUGCCGUCCCUCCUUCCUGUAAGCUCGAGCCGAUCUUGUGGCUCUGUGGCCAUGUCGUUCGAAGUUCCGGCAUCCGAACCCUCGGCUCCGCCCAUGCUGACGGCUGUGUCGGAACCAAACUCCCCCCGACGAGAUUCAGCUCGCCACCCACAGGAGGGACCCCUGACUCCGAGCCAGGACACGGACGACAACAUCUCGCACGACUCCUACCGCCUCGAAGAAGGAGACUCCUCCGCAGCUCCACACACUGAGCCAGGCAGCCCAAUUACAAUUGAAUUGCACGCUCCUCCACCACCGCCCCCGUGCUUGCGAACAGGGCAGUCACACGAAAGCUCUGCUGAAGUGCACAAUGGUGGACUGCCUGUGGCUCAUUCCAUGUCCCCAGAGGCCCCACAAUCUCCCGACCUCAGUUACUCAUUCCGUCAUGAUGCAAGUGGACAGGGAGGAGCGGACAGCAGUGUACCUGCUUCACCACAGCAAGAGUCAUGUAGUGAUGUACGGCGAAAGAAAUAUCCAAACGAAAAAGCAUAUUUCAUUACAAAAGAGCUGGUUAUGACUGAAAGGACCUACAAGAAGCACCUGGAAGUGAUUCUUCUGUACUUCAAGGAGAAAGUUGAGAAGGAGGAUGCUGACAAUGUUCCUGCAGAAGCACUGGCCAUUUUAUUUUCAUCCUUGGAUCCUAUUUACAAGGUCUGCAUAUCCUUACUUCGAGAUCUGGAGCAGCGCUUGGCAGCGUGGGAGGGUAAGCUUGCUCCUGGAAGUUACUGCAACAUUCACGGUAUUGGUGGUCUUCUUCUAGACUAUUGUCAUAUAACAGAGCUGUAUGACCAUUAUCUCGAGAAGUUGCCACGUGUGCUUGAGGAUCUACAGGGAAGUUGCCACCACAACCCUUAUUUUGAACGCCUGUACAGAGAAUUUGAACGUCAGAAGGAGUGUUAUCUACCACUUGCCCUCUUCCUCUUGCAUCCUGCUCAUCGACUGCUGCACUACUGUCAGUUGCUCCAGCGUCUCCACGAGAGCUAUGACUCAAACCAUGCAGAUAAUGUAGCCUGCCUGGAUAUACUCCAAAGGCUGAGAAAGUCAACAUCUUUGCAUAAGGAAUCCUUGUGUAAAUUGGAAAACUUUGUCAUGCUAAUGGAGCUCCAACAUGACCUUAUCGGUGUGGAUAAUUUAAUGCAGCCAGGGAGGAAUUUCAUAAGAGAAGGCUGCUUACAAAAACUUUCAAGGAAAGGCUACCAGCAGAGGAUGUUUUUUCUGUUUUCGGACGUGCUCAUCUAUGCCAGCCGUGCGUCCACACCACAGUUACAGUUUAAAGUGCAUGGCCAGUUACCAUUACAAAGCCUCUCUGUGGAUGAAACCGAACCAAAGGCCGAGGCUGCUUUUCGUUUCAAUAUCUACGCUGCCAACAGGGCUCUAAUGGUAGCAGCAAGUUCUGAAGAAGAGAGGCAAAAGUGGAUGAAGGCCCUAUCCGAUUCUAUAGCAGCAGCCUGCAGCUGCAGCCUGAAGGAUGAACGGCUUCACUAUUCUAGUCUCAAGUCCUGUCAUUCAUCCGAUGAACGGCUAGACAGACUGUCACAAGAAGGCCAGCAGUCACCAGGUGGUGCGGCCGAACGCCAUGUGCAGCAUCGUUCCAACACAGCAGUGCAUGUGUGCUGGCACCGAAACACAAGUGUCGGCAGGGAUGAUCACAAGAAAGCACACCGUAAUUACCUCAGCGGUUUCCUUCUGCGCAAAUUUAAGAACAGCAGUGGCUGGCAGAAGCUGUGGGUGGUGUUUACCAACUUCUGUCUCUUCUUCUACAAGUCUUACCAUGAAUCCAGCCCCUUGGCAAGCCUUCCCCUUGUGGGCUACACUGUUACAUUGCCUGGGCCGAACGACAACAUUAACAAAGACUUUGUCUUCAAGUUGCAGUUUAAAACACACGUCUACUUCUUCAGGGCAGAAAGCGAAUAUGCUUUUGCGCGGUGGGUGGAAGUCAUCAGCAUUGCAGCUGUCAAGAAAAUGUGAAUGUCAUGUUUUUUUGACACUCACCUGUAAUGUUUUCCUGUGUUAGUGUAACUAUGUGUUACAGUACUGGGUAUAAAUUCCUGCAGUCGUAACCCUCAAGUGACCCUUGUAACCCUCAAGCUCAAGUGAUACAGUCAGGUCACAUUCAUUUCAAGCGAGGAAUCCCUUCCUGAAGAAUUGUUCCGUAAGAUGUCAAGUUACUUUAAAUAUUCAACUUUAAAUAUUCAAUAUUUUUCUCAUGUUGUCUCCAUGAUGGUUUGUGGUCAUCAGCUGAAAUGUGUAAAGUUUUCCAUGUCGUACAGGCACCACACCAAGCCUGUGUAAUUGUGGUGUUCGUGUACGCGACAGGGAUAUCCGAGAAAUUUGCUUCGGUUACUUAUGGCAACCAUGAGAUAGCAAGUUUGUUGUUUGUGCAGUACAGGGUAAGCUGUCUAAGCAUGCAGUUCAUGUUUGCUGAUGUUGCUUUGAAAGCUACAGAAAAAUAGCCCUGUUUACAUGUUGCAUUUUUGUGGAGCUUGCGACGUAUGGAAGCUUUUGGAAGGUCAAGCUGUCGUAUUGCUCACAGAGAGUACUUCUGCCACUACUAAGUUUCUCUUUAAUGUCAUAGGGCCCCAGAACGCGAAUUUCAUUGUACGAAAUCCCACAGAUAUCCUGUGGAUGUCCAGACCUUGUAGGGAUGUCCCUAGGAUAUUAAUGGUUUGCUGGGGCUAUAGUGGUGUGACUGUAUUGCUACCUGUAAAGAAUUCUGUAUGAUCUGCCACAUUUUCUUUGUUUGCUGAAGAUGUGCAGUUGAGGUCUUACGUUCUGCACCUGAAAAUUUAUUUGGAAGUUGUUGACAAAGUUUAUAAGAACAAAGUACUGUCCUAUGUUUUGUUUUUAUACUCUCUAAAUCACAAUCAAAAUGAUACACCUUUUUUUUUGCUCUGUAUAUCUUCAUUCUUUCAUGACGUGGCAGAAAUAUAAUGUUCGUGUAGCCUUGUUCUUGUGUGCAUCAGACAUUUGCAGGCAUCCCUUCUUGCUCUGUGAAUUUGACAUUAUCCUCUUGCUGUUUGAUCUCAGAGUGAUGAAAUUGUUCCAGCCAUUCAGAUGACAUUGCCAAAUUAACAGGUAUUCAAUAACAGUGCUGUUGUAAACCAUCAAAUCAACAUGUGUUACAAAGUAACCUGGCACGAUAUGUUGAGGUUGCAAUAUAUUCUCAGUCACAUACAUCACCCAUUACUUGUGUUUCUUUAUAAUACGUUUCCCACAAUGGUUGCUAAUUUUACCCAUUAUUUCAGUGCUUAAUAACAUGCAUUAUAACUAGAGCCUGAAGUUUUAGGGUUUAACCGGAUUCUUCCCCAAAUUUGCACCCCGAAUUGAAUAAGUUGAAUUGGUUGCCUCUUUAGGGUGAAACCCGAUUUUUACCAGGCAAAUUGCCCUCACUGAGACGUCCGUAGGAAUGCAUACUAACUUGUUUGGCAGCAAAUGCAGUUACAUCACCAUUUGUACCAAACCAGUACAGCUAGUUUGAGUAACUGAGCGUAAUUUAUCCCCGAAUUUAGCAUACUGGAAGUCUUUCCACCCGAGUUCGCACGAAUUUAGAGCAUAAGUUUAUGUACCCAAUUUUUACCCCCUGAAUUUAGGAAAAAAUAUUUCCCGAAAACUUCAGGCUCUAAUUAUAACUAGGGUUCCGCGUUUUUGGCAUUUAUUCAUGGGGAGACUCAGCGGGUGUUUUUUCAGCAUUUAUAUGUCUUGUCAAAUUUGUGUGUUUUUGGCAUUUUAAUUGCUUGAACCAAAAAUAGAUGCCGAAAAAUCUGCAGCUAUAGUCGCUAGGAAGGAGGACUAUCGAGGGAGGGCAGCUUGGUAGGAGGACAUUGAGGACGCAAAUAAUUUCCCUUCUUUUGUUGGAGGGCUCUACGUGUACUUGAACCCUCUUGACCCACGCUGACCCACAAAGUGUUAGAGGAAGGCGCCUGCAGCUCCGCAGGGCAGUAUUCCCAGCAUCCCUCCUGGAAACGAGGGGAAGGAAAAACGAAAAUGUGAUACCCCGGAGGAAAAAAAAAGUGCAAUCUAGCACUAUAAUGAGGAGCUUUUUCGGAACAUGCCACAUUAAAAAAAUAUAUAUUCGGCAAGUGUUUUUCGGCAUCAGAUUCACCACUACUUUUGUGUGUGAUGUAAAUUGUAUUUGAAAUUGCACACAAGACACAAGGGUGAUCCACAGGCAAUAACUGGGCACAUCCCAAAAGGCACCAACUCCAAUUUGGAAUGCAGAACAAAUGGGAACAAAUAAGAUAAGCACUCUAUGAGGCGAGUGAACUUGUAUGAGACUAAACAAGUCAUUAUUCCCUAACCGGCGAGAACUUGUCAACCUUCAUGGACACCACAAGGCCUGUUUAUGGUAGUAGUGACCAGUCAUAUCAAAGAAAAAAUGUCAUUUGUGGCUUAAAAGUUGUGUUUGUCCUUCUAUGUUCCAUUGAAUCAGCUACGUCGCCACUCAUACAGUUUAGCACUGGGUAUGCUUACAUACACUAAUCAACAAAAUUUUUAUAGAUAGACAGUAUUUUUACAUCUUGAUAACAUGGAAUAUUUCAAAAGUUUUGCACUCAAACAAGGCACUGGAACUUACGUAGGAGUAUAUCACAUUGCUUACAAAUAUGUUGAAUUGCUCAAGAAAAGAGAAAGAAAAUGAUACAGGCCAUGCAUCCAUGCCAGCAUGUCGGAAAGGGACGUACUGAGGUGACAUGGGGAAACAUGGUUGGGCAAUUGUGAUUGCAGCAUGUCUCAGUGUGGUUUAAGUUGUGGUCUCAGUGUGUCUCAGAUUUUCUUCUGCAUUUUCCUCUGCAGUGCAUUUUCUUCCGGCUGGCUUGUACAAUUUUGUUUCACGAUAAUUGAAAUGUUGCCUGAAUGUUAUUCUUAGAUAUACUGCAGUGCAUAUAAUCAACAAGCUCAGCAUCCUUCCUACUCUAUUUUCCCUGUCCUGUCUAGUGCCUUGAAGAAGAUGCAUCUCAAAGUUUGCCCUGUCAGUUUCCUUUUGAAACCUCAUAAGUUGCAUCGUCCAUAUAAUUCUGUUGGCUAACGUAGUGGAAUAUGUACACGCCAAGUAGACUACAGGUGGGUUACUCUUGCAUUACAUCUCCCAUUGCGUGUCCCAACUUCUCACGCGAUCUUUUAUAACUUGUGUAAUAGACAAGUGCUAUCUGAGGAUGUUUGUAUAUUUUGGCAUUUAUCUAAGAGGUACUCAAGACAGAAAUGGUUGUUCUUAUUGGACUUUGAGGUUGCGUAAAGAGCAUUGUGAGCUCAUGUGGUUGCUAAUACAAGGUGCUAUAUUAAAAUAUCAAAUAAAUGCUACCUAAUG